UGUAGGCGGUGAAACACAAUGGACAUGUGUGAAUAUGUGCUAUAGAAUGUGUUGUUUGCUAUUUUGCUCUAUCGACAGGUUGUGUACUCUAUUGAAGACAUUUUAUAAUUGUGCGGAGACCACCCUUCAACCUCAUGACAUAUCUUCUUAGUGAUCAGUGACAGACUGGAAUAAAAAGGGGCCUUCAGAACUGUUGCAUGUCGUCUUCAAGGCGGAGUCAUGACAUCCGUCACGUUACCUUCAACUUCUGGUCCUAUACAUCGGGUCUAUUCGUCGAUGUCAGAAGAAAUCACAAACAGCGAGUCAGACUUCGAGAGCAACCCUAUCAAGAGGUGUCUGAGCACGCCAACACCAUACUCCUGCAAGAAACGGCGUAAGCAAUCCACACCUAUCCGCAUCUCAGCUGCCGAUUGGGACGGCGAAUCGCCUUCAGAAGGUAAGCAAUCUGAGAACUCCCCAGAAACCGAACCACUGCAAUGCUCCGUGUGCCAACAAAACUUCGACUACCCAGACCACCUUCAGAACCAUAUCCUCUCAGCUCACUCUUCGGCCGAAGUGAAAAAAGAACCGCAGGAUGAACCCCAGCACCAAUUCUUCGAUCCUUACGGUACAAUGAAAUUCCCAAGGCCGGAAUUGCAAAUGAUGAACGACCUCCAAACCAAGGACUGGAUGACCCGAUCCCUGACUACCGCCAAUCCGAUGUUCAUGCAUCUGCCUCAGUUCCCCCAGUCGGAGGGUGUGCAAAGGCAGCCCAUCAAAAUCUUCAAUCCGGACGCCUACUGCGACCUCUGCAACAAGGAAUUCUGCAACAAGUACUUCUUGAAGACCCACAAAGCGAACAAACAUGGUAUCUACACCGACACAACUUCAGAAUCUUUGUAUCCAAACCAAAUACCCUCCUAUUUACGUUUACCUACAACAGUGCCAAGUGAUAUGCAACUCAAAACUGAACCUCAAACCACCUCGAAUAUGAUGAAUCACGUUAGUGACAUGUUCCCGAAUCCAUUUUCUAACAAACUAUCUAGAAUAAGUCAAUUAAACAAAAUCAAUCCGGAUGAAAAAGAAAGUAACGAAAACUUGCAGAGUUCUAACGCAUCGUCUAACAGCGGUAGUGAGAAGAUAACCACUGACGUCUUGCCGAACGGCGAGUCCUCUAGCCCAAAAACAAUAGAAAACGAAUCUACCUCAUAUAAAAGUGAUCAAGAGGGUUUAUAUUUUGUUCCUACUAGCAACAUGUCCCCCGGUCAAAUCGGUUUCAAUAAGGAAACUGACGUAUCUAGUCGUCUCAGGAAAAUCGGAGUUAUGAAUCCCAAAGCCUUCUGCGAGAUAUGCUGCAAAGAGUACUGCAAUAAGUAUUUCCUCAGGACCCACAAAAUGAAGCGGCACGGUAUAAUGAUGCCUGAUGAAAGAGAUAACAAGUCGGAUAUGCCAACUUCGUUCCACUGGAACCAAUCGAAUAUCCAAACCAGCCCGUUGAAUCUCAUCAAAACGGAACAAACGAACAGUGAAAGGAAAACCACCUCGCCUACCGAAAUUAGUUGUGAUAUUUGUGAAAUUAAGUUCCAAAACGCUAGUUUAGCACAACUGCACAAUAUCAGCGUCCAUUCCAAACUGUAUUCUAAAGAAACUACCGAUACCAAUGAAGAAACCAGUAAAGUCCAAGACACGCCCAAUUUUACAUCAGAAAAAACGUCGAACAGCGAGAAUAUAAGCGAAGACCUGAAGAAACUCCAGACUAUGAUCCUCCAACUGAACGAAUUGAAAGUUGAAAAGAUGUCGGCCACCUGCACUUCGUGCAACAAAGAAUUCGAAAGCAGGUACUUCCUUCACGCUCAUAUGAUAACCGAACAUGGUAUCCUUUUGGAUGAAGUUGCGGAGUUAGAGAGACCAGAACAACCUGACAAUAGUUCAAACAACAACACCAUGUGCGAUCUGUGCGGUAAAGACGUGGAGAAUGUUCACCAAUUGAAGAAGCACAUAUUGGAAUGCCAUCCCAGUUUAGAGCCUAGUCUGAACAACAUCAAGGAAGAAUUCAACGCUGAUAAGACCAACAGAAUGUCUGUAUCUGGUUUGCAACUAAACGAAAGGCGUAUGUCUGUCAGUUUGACGCCGACAAGUAGCUAUUGCGAGAUAUGCAACAAGGAACUUUGCAACAAGUACUUCAUGAAAACGCACAUGCAAAGGAUGCACGGUAUAGAAAUCGAGAACGGUGCUCAGAUCGGUGGCGUUGUUUGCGAUAUAUGCAACAAAGAACUUUGCAGCAAAUACUUUCUGAGAGUGCACAAACAUAACACGCACGGCAUCGUAGAAUACGGCACAAGUCUGCUCCAGCCCAAGAAAGCAGAAGGUGAAACUACACCGUCCUUACCAACAGAAUCCGAUUCUGCUCUACGAUCCAACGAUCUGGCAGAUUUGAGCCAUAGAUACUUCACCCACUUCACCGAAGUGUGCAAAAUAUGCAGCAGGCGAUUCCGAAGCACGAAAUGGCUCAAAGCGCAUCUGUUGAACGACCACGGGCAAGCUGGUGCCGAAAAAUGGGCGGAUAUGGAGCAGCAACUGUCCCAAAACCUCGCCCAACAUUCCAGAGCUCAAAUAAAAACAGAAAGUCCUACCCUUAAGAUACCAAACAGUGGAAACGAUUCGGCCGCGUCUAAACUGGGCAUACAUAACGUGCUGUCUCUUUUUGGAGGUGAUGAAGCCGGAUCUAAAAUUUACCAGUGCGGAAUGUGCGCUUUUACAACUACACUCCUACCUCUACUGUUCGUUCACGAACGUUCCCACACACCUUUAACAGAAACUGGAAGUAGAAUGGAACUGAAAUGUCCUGUUUGUGGUCAGACAUUCUACCAAACUGAACUUCUUCAACAUCACUUGUUCAAACAGCAUCCCUUGUUCCCUCUGCAAACAGUUUUGAACGGAAGCGAGUCCAGAGAAGCCUCCCAAACACCGGAGGAAGAAACAAAUAAGGGCGAAGACCUCUCCGAAGCGGCGAAGAACACCAAGCCCAAGAAGAAGAAGAAGUGGCGCAAGUUGGAGUUCACCGCUGAGGUUGAACAGUCGUUGAACGAUAUCGCGAAGAUAGCGCAGAUGCCAGUGGCUUACGCCCUUCCCAGAGGCAAUGAUGAAGAAGAAGAUCCAUCUUCGAAGUUUGUCAUGCAGGCUUUCUUGAUGGAAGAAGAGGCCGCAGAACGUCACGUCAUUCCCGCAGUUGUGUUUUUGCCGGUAUUACAGAAACAGCCUGCCCCUUUAUCGGUAACCUUUAAUCUAACCCCGGCCUAAUCAGUUCAACACAUAGUUUGCAUAGAUGUGAAGUAUUUUUUUAAACGAACAAUCGAUGGCGAUUCGACGACACCUGUGAUUUUUAAUAUUUUUCUUUUCUUAAUUUAAUUGAUUUAUAUAAUCAUAAAUAAGAAAUAAGCUUAUUCCUAUAUUUGCAAGAGACCUCGUAUAUUACGAGGAACAUAUGAGUACAUAUUUUUAUGCAAAUACCGGAAAGACUGAGUGAAAUACUAUAUAGUCUGUUGAUUUUCACUUUAAAAAUAUCGAGAUACUGAUGUUUUGUAUGAUAGAAAGCUUUAGGUGAUGUUUAAAGAAGUUCCUAUUUUAUCUCUCGAUAUAAUAACUAAUAUUGGUUCACUAGUGUGUAUGUCUUUGAGUUGUUUGAUGUAGCUUGCUCAACAGUCAGUUAAAAAAACCGCAUUACCCAGUCCAUGCAACUCAGGGUUAGCUGAAACGAGUACAAUCAUAGUUUAUGGCUUAGGCCAUAAUUUACCCCCUUCAGUUCCUGAAUAGCAGAUAAGUCAAAAAAAAUAUCAGUCGACCUAGUCAAGUGGCCGCUCUGAAAGUUAAAACCGCUGCCAUUGCAUUUAUACUGUUUAUUGAUCCAUAUCUGUAUUAUAUCAACAACCAUCUUUGCUACUGGACCGGGCAUUCACCAACAUGGUUGUACUAGACGACGACUGUCAUAACUCUGAACUACAACCACUAUAUCAUACCAUAUAUCACCUCCACGAACCAUUCAAAAUUCUAGAUCAGUCACUUGAAUUUCAACCUUGGAUAGAGAAGAAACUCAAUUUUGGGAAGAACCAUUAUUUUGUCAUUCCAAACAAUGUCUCAACUAGGGAUUCAUGACUUGGCUCGAUAUUCCAGCUACUUGGCUCAAGCUC